AUGCCACCCGAUGUCGUCGCCGACGGCGGCCAGUCAUCUCACGACUGGCACGACGACGCCCCGUCGCCAUCGGCCAGCAUCAAAUCCGACAUCGAAUUAGAUGAGGACGGAAUUGGACCAUCUGGCGCGUCACAACCAAUUCAAAAGCGGCGACGAGUAACACGCGCCUGCGACGAAUGCAGACGGAAAAAGAUCAAAUGCGACGGCAAACAACCAUGUACACACUGCUCUGUAUACAGCUACGAAUGCACAUACGAUAAGCCCUCAAAUCGAAGAAGAAAUCCGGCGCCACAGUACAUUGAGGCAUUAGAAAGUCGACUACAACGCGCCGAGUCUUUGCUUCAUAAAUUUAUGCCCGACGUCGACUUAGCCGACCCGAACCUCGAUCCAGCCAUUCAACAGGAAUUCCGGAAUCGCGAAAAUGCUCGUUCACAAGCCUCAAAGAUUCGACAGCCUCCGCCAAGCCAACCCGACCCGAACGAAGCUCAUCUUACGUCCAUGAUUGAUUCCGUUGGUCAACUCGAUCUCGACGAAAAGGGAAGCUGGGAUUUCCAUGGUAUCUCAUCUGGUGCCGUAUUCUUGAAACGCAUGAAGGAGCAUUUCCGAGGCAUGCUUGGUCCAUCUUCAAAGACUCCCUUUUUACCUCGUGCGGAACGACCGACCGGCCUCGGUUCUCCAUCUCUGUCUUCAGUCGGCACACCCUUCUCAGUAGCCCCGAGCUACCCUGAGCUUCCGCCAAAGGACGUCACCCGAAAGCUUUGCUACUAUUCUCUUAGUUGCGCGACUUGUCUCGUGCGAAUCGUUCACGUACCCACCUUUUACGAGCAAAUGGACAAGAUCUAUGAAACACCGUUAGACAAUUUAUCGAAGGAGGAAACACAGUACCUCGGACUUCUCUUUUCUGUUAUGGCUCUGGGCUGCAUGUACAACAACCUGGACGAUAGCGACCCAAGAAGUAUGGCAUAUCAAGAUGCGACAGAGGAAGGUCUCAAAUAUUACAACGCCGCCCGGUCCGUUUUACACGACGUUACAGAUUGUCGAGAUCUUAUAUCGUUACAAGCUCUUCUGUUCAUCAUCCUCUUCCUCCAAGCGACCUCAAAUCUUAGCAGCUGCUAUUCCUUUGUUGGUAUUGCACUGCGCUCAUCACUCCGAAUAGGUCUCCAUCGACAUCUGCAGCACGAAAAGAUCGACCCAAUCGAACAGGAAGUCCGGAAGCGUGUUUUCUAUGUGGUUCGACAGAUGGAUAUCUAUGUAUCAACGUUGCUUGGUUUCCCUCUCCUUCUCAAUGUGGACGACAUUGAUCAACCAUUUCCUUUAGAAGUCGACGACGAGUUCAUCACACACAACGGUAUUCUACGACCUCCUCCUGGAGCGCCAUCAUUUUUCCAGGCAUUCAAUGCCCACUCGGAAUUAAUGGAAAUCCUGUCCAAGGUUACAAAAUAUGUCUACCCAACUAAGGGAUUGGGCCAGAGCCUCACCAAGGACAACAAGCCCGCCUCUACCUAUCUGAUUAGCUAUGGCCGCAUUAAAGAAAUUGAGGCUGAGCUCCAUUCUUGGUUUGAAAGGCUACCCCAACACUGGCGUCCGAGCGGUGAGGGCCCAAUUGAGACUGUCAGAAUCCGCCACUUACUGAGAUUUGCUUAUGCGCAUGUGCAACUUGUUCUAUACAGACCCUUCCUGCAUUAUGUAUCCCCUCGCCUUAGCCAAGGUACCAAGGUCGACGAACUUUCAUAUGCAUGCGCAGCGGCGGCAAUCAGCGUCUCUCGUAACAUCGUACAUAUUGGACUCGAGAUCCGUAAGCAACGGGUGCUCAGUGGGCCGUACUGGUUCAUGCUGUAUACUGAGUUCUUUGCUGUACUUUCGCUCGUCUUUUAUGCUACAGAAAACCCCGAGAAACCUGGAUCUGGCGAAGUUCUCGCGGAUGCUAGAGCUGGAAGGGAUAUGAUAGCAGCGCUGUCGGAAAAGAGCAUGUCGGCAGAGCGAGUUACUGGUGCUCUUACGGCGCUCUUCGAUCAAUUGCCAGAGCAACUCGAUGCCGGCUCUAUACGUCAAGCACCUUCGAAGAAGAGAUCGGCCCCCACAGGACGUUCUUCUUCCGGCUCUUCGCACAAUGCCCCUAUUCCUGCAAGCAUGUCGUCGCUUGGAACUGCCGAUUUCACACGCGCAAGCCAGGUCUCAACGAGUACAUAUCCCACAACCAUGUCACAAGGUACCAUGGACAUGCAAGGAGGAGGCAUCGCCGCAUUCCAGGACAACAGCUUCGCUGCCAACUUCGGCGACUUUAUGACCCCUGAUAUGCAACGUAGCACUCCAGAAUCGACCGCCAGCACAGCAACAAGUGCUCAACGAAUGUCCUAUGGAGGCCAGCCCAUGGGCAUGCAUAACCCCGUUAACAAGCUUGACUCGCUCAUGUUCCCUUCGGAGGAUCCAUUCGCCUACCCUAACCAACCUAUGAUGGAACUUGGGUUCCCCGGCAAGACAGAUCCAGGUACCAGUGUAGGCGAUCAGAGCCAGGACAUGCAACUCUUCUUGACUGGAACGUUUGACGACGUGGAGAGCCAGAUCUUUGGGCAACCACCACCUUACAUGAUGCAUCAACAAGGCCAGGGCAUGAUGGGCGUGUCGCCUCAGCCCAUGUAUGCCAAUCCAGCAAACCUCAUGACAAUGCAGCCCAACCAAUCCCAACCGAUGAUGCAACAAAGACGGCCGGUCUCACAGACACACGCUGUCCACCAGGGACACUCCAUGGCGCAUCGACGAGCACACAGACAGCAGCACCAAGAAAGGCAAAUACAACAAAUGUUUACAGAACAGGGAAUGCAGGCGGAUUGGGGAGGCUUCUUUGGUUCAGGAAGAGGAGGAUUCCAAGGAAUGUAA